UUCUCUUGCGAUUGUCAAUUACUCCUGGUACUGAUCGAUUGUAGAUUAAUUGAUAGUUUCAAUUCGAUAAUGAACAAGUAUAUGAUAUUUAAAUCGAGAGUCGUUGGACUGAGGUUCAACAGAAGUUGGAGUAGUGCCAUCGAGGUAUCACCAGUGAAGCUUUCAUACACUGUUCACGAUCAGGAAACUCCAAGAGAGGAACCCCGAAAAUCUCCAGUUCUAUUCCUGCAUUCAGCCCUAAACUCCAAAAGAGACCUCGCCUCAUUAUCAAAAGCUCUGAAUCAGUUGACGAAGAGAACAAUAAUCGCAAUUGAUGCUAGAAAUCAUGGCGAGUCGCCGGACGCUCCCGAGAUGUCGUGGGAAUCUAUGGCAGCGGAUGUUAAACUCUUAUCCGAAAAUUUAAAGCUGAAUAAAAGUAUCUUGAUGGGACACAGCAUGGGAGGAGGUAUUAUGGUCUUUACGGCCCUCAAAUAUCCACAUCUAGCCGAAAAGCUUGUUGUUAUUGAGGCAAAUCCAAUUGAAACGUCUCAGAGUCUCUUCAAUAUGUCAAAAACAUUGAAAAAGUUGCUUACUGUCGACUUCCAGGGGCUCCAAACACUUGAUGAGGCGAAAAAACAUGCAACUGAUGCUCUGUGCCACUUAAUCCCGUCUGCAAGUGUCCGAGAUCGUUUCACAGAAAUGAUAAAGGAAGUAUCACCAGGCAAGUUCGGAUGGGCGAGGAAUCUCCCAGUGAUAGCGAGAGAUUUCGAGAGACAUGUUAUCUCAUUUCCAUGGUCAUCAUAUAUUUCCAUAUUCCAGAAAGAUCCAUUCACAAAGCCAUCGUUGUUCAUAGGAGGGGGUCAAAGUGAUUUUUUAGCGGUCAAACAUUAUGAAGAGUUAAAAAAAUUAUUCCCUAGGGCUGAAUUCGCGAUUAUCGAGGGUGCCAACCAUUGGCUGCAUUUGCAAAAGCCGACGGAGUUUCUCAAAAUCUCCUCAGAAUUCAUAAAUUCAGAUUAAGGGCUCGUGAUUUUAUAGAUGAUAAAAAUGCCUUUAUAAUGAUUAUUAAACUAUCAACACACAUCAACCACAA